GUGCUCAGUUCCUGCAGGACAACAACAGGCAGAGCAUAAAAGGGGGGGAGGCGGAGGAAGAGCCUUGUUUUUGUUGAAGGAGCUGCUUCGAAGCAGAGCUGAAACUAAAGAGGGAAACUUUUUAAGUAAAGGCAAGGAGGAGGAGGAGGAUCCCACCCCCAGAUAUGUGGGCGGGACUCACUCUGCUCCUCGCUCUCUGCCUGCUCCAUGGGGGUGGUGCAGAGAGCGAGGGUGGUGGGCCUCGCUGUCAGCCGCCGCCAGCCUGGAAAAUAGGGGAGGUGGACCCAAUGAAGGAGUCGAUGGGUCGGGUGACUGUGGUGGCUCUCCUGAAGGCCAGCUGACUGUACUGCUUGGUGCAGGCCUCCAGGUUGGAUGGCCUGCACAAAAAGCUAGAGGGUCAGGGGCUGAAGGAUGUGGUGUACAUGGUGGUUAACCACCAUGAGGCGCAAGCACAGCGCCUGCACCCUUUGCUGGAAGAAAGACUUUCUCAGAACAUUGCACUGUACAAACAGUACGAACACCAGCCUGAUGUCUGGCGCACACUGAAUGGAGAGAAAGACGACUUUUUCAUUUAUGACAGAUGUGGCCGACUCACUCACCACCUUUCACUUCCAUACAACAUCAUUGGACACGGCCAUGUUGAGCAAGCAAUCAAGGAAGCCUACUGCAAUCGUGUGUGUGGAGAGUGCUCCUUUGAGAGUGCUGACACCCCAGCUGAGUGUCAAGGAAAAGAUAAUGCACAACCUGAAACAGAUGGUGCUCAACCUGCCGGAGAAGAGCAUCAACAUCAGCAUCCUCAUCACGGCCAUCAUGGCCAUAACCACGGUGAUAACCAUGGUCUUCAUCCUCGUGGCUUUGGCCAUGGGCACGAUCACAGACAUGGUCAUCACCACAGACACCACCAUGGUAGAGCUGAAACCAGGCUGCAGGAACACCAGCAUCACGCAAGCUCAGAUCAGAUGCAGCAUGCAGUGCAGUUAGAGCAGAUUGGACAGGAGGUUGUUGGCGCACCAGUCAGACCUUGAGUCCAGGAAACGGCGAGGUGAAAGACAAAGUUCACCUGACACAUGGUAGCGGGCUCUGAAAACGAGGCCAGCUGAUGCUGACACUGACGCAGGUUGUUCGGCCAUGCAGGGAGCGAGCAGCCGCUCGGUCUCUGACAUUGUCAGGAGGAACUGCCCGCCUCCUGACAGUGUCGAGGACUGACGGGCGAGUUAGCCAACACUGUCAUAGAGAGCUGACAGUGACGCUCGCCUCCUGCUGCCUGACAGCAGCCUCAGCCAGCCCAAUGAGCCUGAGCCCCUGGAGCUGCGAGCUGAGCGUGAGAGCAGCUGUAAGCUGGGACUCACAUCAGCCAGCAGCUCUGAGGCUCACACCUCUUUACCAACAAGUAUUACCCUGGAGACAGAUGAUGGGCAUUCCUGUCAGACAAACAUCUUAAGAUUAGUAAACUAAACGAGUACGUGAAGAGUCUGAACACCUUAUAAAUCAUUUGAUGGUUUGCCUGCAAGUUGCUCUGCUGCUCCCAGGAGUGGAUAUGAUUAUCAUGUUCAGAAAGGACCUUCUCCAUUCCAAUCUCAACCUUCCUUUAUGAAACCAGAUGCAGAAACUACGCAGUAGUGGCGUCUGGAUGAUGUUAGGCAGGAGAGACAGGAUGAGGUCAUUUGGGAACAUGAUAAACGCAAAGCAUUUUUUUUUAAGUUGAGAAUGAAACACCAUUGCCUUCUCAAAAUCUAUAUGUGAAAAAGUAAAAGCUUUUCUUUAUAACAUCAAUUUUUUGGGGGAAGCCUAAACACACCAGAACAUUUUUGCCUUUAUGUAGUUGAAUGAAUUCUUCGGACAGUUUAAAAAAAAAAACAAAUGAACUUUUUUGUACUUCACCAGCUUUAUGUCUCAGCUUUAUUCUCCCACAGACAGACUUAUCUGCUUACUAUAACCCUUUCUAGGCUGCCAAUAAAACACAUUCAAUCCGAUUUUUUUUUAUAAACUAGUUCUAUAUUGAUGGUCUGUGAAGUGAAAACCUGAUGUGUUUAUGAAUUCUGUACCCUAUGAUGGUUUCUGUGGGAAGAUGACAUAGCCCUGAAAGCCUGAUGUUUGUACAGAAAAUUGUGUUGAGUAUGAAAGUCAUGGAAAGUUGAAUAAAGACAGAUUUGUUGCUCUUCA